AUGAAGCUUUUCCAUCUCACUAUCGCCUCUGUCUUGCCUUUUCUUGUUGUCAUAUGGCUGGUUCAUUCUCUAAUACAUCGCAAGAAAAGGAACCUUCCGCCUGGUCCGCCACGGCUGCCAAUAAUCGGCAACCUACAUCAAGCACCGCCUCUCGACCCAUGGCGAGUAUAUCAGGGAUGGACCAAGCAGUAUGGGCCCAUCUUCAGCCUCCAAUAUGGUUUAAGCACGGUGAUCAUGCUGGGGACUCAUAAAGCAGCUCACGAUCUCCUCGAUAAGCGAAGCAACAUCUACAGCUCCCGUCCUCGUGUUGUCAUGGGUGACGAGUGCGUUAGUAAAGGCUACAGAACUUUGCUUAUGCCCUAUGGCCAGAGAUGGCGCAGCCAUCAAAGGCUUCAAGGCGCAUUCCUCAAUGUCCGCAUCUCACAAAGUUACCGUCAUCUCCAAGAGCUCGAGAGUCUCCAACUCAUUUAUGAACUGCUGGAUCCAGAAGCAGACUUCUCCGAUCGCUAUCACCGCUACUCCUCGAGCUUGAUAUUUUCAUUGGCAUAUGGGCGCCGUAUGACUAUAGGCGACGAACCAGAAGUAAAAGGAAUUGACCAAGUAAUGGAGAAUUUCCUGUACGCGGCAAGGGUCGGGACAUGGCUAGUGGACGCGGUUCCUGCGCUCAACUACCUCCCUUCCUUUCUUGCCCCAUGGAAACGUCUCGCUGACAGACUGCACGAAUUCGAAUCCAAGUUAUAUGUGGACAAUUUAAUCCAAGGGAAAGCAUCAAAUUGCUGGAACUGGUCUAAGCAGGCACAAGAGAUGAAGGAAGCUCAAGCUAUGUCACAGAAAGAACUCGCUUAUGAUGUUGGUAUUCUAUACGAAGCGGGUAGCGAUACAACAACGAUGGCUCUAGAGGUCUUCACGCUUGCGAUGCUCCUAUACCCAGAAGUCAUGAGAAAGGGACAGGCCGAGCUUGAUUCCGUACUCGGAUCUACUCACUUCCCGACUUUCGAAGACAAAGACAGUCUCCCCUAUGUCGACGCAAUCAUCAAAGAGACCCUUCGAUGGCGACCGGUAUCUGCCGGCGGUAUACCCCACGCUGUGAUUCAGGAUGACAAAUUUAUGGGUUACGACAUACCCGCAGGAGCUACGGUGAUCGGGAAUCACUGGGCCAUUCACCUAGAUGAGAAUGUCUACAAGGACGCUUACGCCUUUAACCCUGAUAGAUGGAUCAAAGAUCCCACCCUGCCCCUGGCGGCCUUUGGGUUCGGAAGAAGAAUUUGUACUGGCCAACAUAUUGCGAAGAACAGUCUAUUCAUUAACAUCGCAAGGAUCUUGUGGACGUUUGAUAUAGGUUACAAGGACAAAGUUGUCGAAGGAAAGCGACAGAGGCGCGAGGUGGAUCCAUUCGCCUUUACCCAAGGAUUCAAUUCCCGACCUGUUAAGUUUGAAGCACGCUUUAUCCCGCGCGAAGGUAGAGGAAGCAAGGUCAGGACAAUUUGGGAAAGCGCAGAGAAGGACCUGGGUUCCGUCAUGGAGAAAGUACGAGUCGAAAACCCGAAGUCGUGA